GUUGAACAAAAAAAACGAAUAGUAAAUCAACUAUUUAUGAUUGAUUAUUUCCUAUUCACAAUCAAUUAGUUGAUGAAGUAAUAAUAAUGUUUACUGAUUAUGGUGAUCAUGGCACAAAAGUUACUCUAUUGGCGAUAUUUGAACAAUAUUUUGUAACUUUACCCAAAAGACACUAAGGAUUCUGAUUAAUCAUUUUAAAGUUGUUGGUUAUCAUUUGGAUUAACAGUUGACUAGGUUGACUUUGAUUUAGUUAACCUUUAAGACUAUUGAAAUUGUGACUUGUUGGAAUACAAUGGAAAGGAUUUUCUAGUGAUUAACAACAACUUCAUCUUUAAUCAAACUUUUCGUUCUAAUUCAAUGUUCACAUGGAGAAAGAUGAUCUGAGACUGAUCCUGUUCCAAGCUCGAGCUUUUUCAUUCUGAUUCUCUCUCCUAUUCUCUUUAUCUCAUGGAUCAGGGCAAUCUCAUACUAAUUUUCCUCAAUUCCACCGGACUCAUCGUUUUUCAUGAUUUUCCACGAUUUUUGACAAUUCAAUUAAUCCAAACGAAAGGAAAUUACAAUUACAAAAUCGUCAAUACUCAAUUCUGAGUAAAAAUCUUCAAUCCCAAUAUGAUCUACGAACAUCGAUCUUGGUUGAAUUACCAAUUAAAACCGAGAACUCAUCCUAUUGGUUAUCGUAAUUCCAGUUGACCAUCUCAGGAUAAUUUUAUUACCCACAAUCAAAUGUAAUUAAGAUGAUGAUUGAAAAAAAAUCAACUCGAAAACAAAAUGUUACAUCUCGAUCUGUGCUUCCAUCUGGUUGUAACGAAACAAACUAAAUUGGUGAAUUUUCAACUUCAACUUUUUGUUUACAAUCAAAAAAUUUAUUAUUGUUAAAUCUUCAACAAUCAAGGUUUAUUAACAAUCAUCUUAACUGUUUCUAUCUUAAACUAUUGUCCUAAAUUGUUUAAGUGUGUGUGUUCAGAAUCAGUUCUCAAGGUAAACCUUUUCAAAAGUGAACAAUUUCCAGUUUCUCUCAAUAAUUAAUUCAAAGUGCUUAACCAGACAAACAAUUUACAUUUACAUUUACAAUUAAUGUGACGUUCAUCAUCAAAUUACGUCUUCAUUUGCUGUUCAAUUGGAAUCCAAUUUGUUUACAACGAUGAGAAAAAUAUCAACCGAUUAAAUUUUGAUAACUGGUUUCAAUUUCUCUCUCAUUGUUUUGUAUUCUCAUCUUCAAGUGACAAUCAUCACCAUCAUUUAAUUGUGAAUUAAAAUCAACACGACAUCUUUAUCCUCUCAUCAGUUUGUGUAACUCAUCAAAUCCUCAAUCAAAAUGGUUAAGGGUUGUAGUAACUCGUGUAUACAGGUUGUCCUGUUCACAUUCAAUUUCAUUUUUGUGUGCCUUGGUGCAGCAAUUUCCGGUCUUGGAGUUUAUUUCCUGGUUAAAUCAAUGGACUUUAAACAGAUCAUCGAUACACCGGACAGUGGGGCGAUAAUAGUUAUCUUAACGGGAGUCGCAGUUUUUGUCAUCAGCUUUUUCGGUUGUUUCGGAGCAAUUAAGGAAAGCUCUUGUAUGCUUCGAAUGUAUUGUUUUACGGUUGGCAUUUUAGCGAUUCUCUUGAUUAUUCCGGUUAUCAUAUUCAUCAUUUACAAUGUCAAGAUCGAUGAUGUUUUAGAGAAACAACUUAAAACAGCAUUCAAUGAAUAUCGAAUCAAUAGUCCCCAGAAAAAUUCCGUCUCCGCAGCAAUUGAUUCACUUCAAUGGUCAUUCAAAUGCUGUGGUUAUAAUGGUCCAACUUGGUGGGCAGCUAAUCUACCAGAGUUUUCAGAUCAAACUGUUCCAGCUUCAUGUUGUGUUGAGCCUACAGCGUCAAGUUUUCAGGCCAAAUGUCGACUGGAUCAAGUCCAAAAUACCCAAGGAUGUGACACUGAGCUUAGGAAGAUGCUCAAACUUUUCCUGAAUGUUAUGAUUGCUGUUUUGUUGAUAAUUGGAUUAACAUUACUGGUUGCUGCUUGUUUUGCGUGUGUACUUGCCAAUGCUGUUUAAAUAGAGAUGAAAAAGAAAAAGAGACAAUUAGUAAUUGAAUUUAUAGCCGAUAAGACAAAGAACAAUCACAAUUUUAAGUUGUAAUUAAUGGACGACAAGCUCACCUUUUAUUAGAACAUUUUAAAUAAUCGUUAACACGUCGUUUCUUUUUUUUCACAAUUCUAAGGAGAAAUUUUGUCUCAUCAAUUAUAAUAGAAAAAUAUAAAGGAAACAGAUUUAACAAUUAAUUUCCAUCAACUGAAUUAACAACAACAGAGUUUGGAACAUUUUUUAUUGUCUCAUCGUUAUCAUGUUCAUCUCAUCAUUCAUCGCAUUUAACUAUUGUUGAUUUAAAAGACCAGGAUAACAAAAUGGAAGAGGAUCAGUCAUAAAGAUUUAGAAGCAUUUGAUUAAUACACACAUAACAUAUUCACUUUAAUAUUUAUAAUAUGAUCAACUAAUUGUACCAAAUAAUUUGAAACAAUAUAAAAGAUCUCAUUAGUCCAAGAAUGAUCAUAAAAGUCAAUUAAUGAGAAUCUGUGGUCACUUUUCAUUUAAAAUUUUAAUUGUUACUAAAUUUUCAAACCUCUUUCUUUUUGUAAACUAAAUCUUGUCACUUUAACUUGUUGAAUUACAUUUGAUUCAAUUGUCAUUCAAACUUUACACGUCUCUCUCUCUCUCUCUCUCUCUCUCUCUUGGUCUCGAAACUAUGAAUAAUAAUUCCUAAUUGAAUAACCAUUUCAUUGUCAGAUGAGAAAUUGAAAUGCUUAAAUAAAAAAUGAAGAUUAAUUAAACUCAAAACUUACCUCAUUGAUUAGCUUUAAUCUAAACUUAAACACACAAUAUUAGAUAGAAAUUCAAAACAAUUCUCAAAGGAAUACUUCAAAGAAGAUAAAAUUAGCACAUGAUGUCAAAUGUCCGAAAAAAUGAAAGAUAAUCAGAGAAAAUUGAUUCAAUUGAAGAUAAAUCACUGAAGAAUAAAUAAAUUGGCUUAAUUAAUCAUCACAAUCCAUGAAAACUAUUAACCUAAAGAUGAUCCAUAGCAACAAUGUAACACUAAUUAGAAAACAAAGAACAAUUGUUGAUAAAUAAAUCGAAAUCCUUUGGUUUCUUUUCCAAUAAACCAAUUAACUAAUUGAACGAUUUGCUAAAUAAAUUGACGAAAAAACAAUAAUUAACUAAUAACAAUUAACUUAAUUAACGAAAGAAAAUUAAAUUAAUUCUUCUCCAUUUACAUAACUCGAUCUCUCUUCAUCUCCCUUGGGCAUUUUCAGCCAAUGGGGUGAAAGAGGAAAAUGUGAUUGGUUGAAAAAAGAGUUUAAAAAAUAGAGAAGAAAAAAAUUCUUUUUAUUAAAUCAAUGAUUGUGAAAUUCACAAUGUGAAUGUGAAACACCGUGAAUGUGACUUUUUUUUCCUGCUAAUUUGUUAAUUGUUAUUGUUUCUUUUUGUUUAUUUUUGUUUAUUUUUUUAUCAAUCAAACAUCAUCAUCAAUCAAUAAGAAUGAAAGAAGCUGAAAGUGCUGAGAUUAAAAAAAUUAAACAUCGAGAAGUUGAAAGGGUUCGUCAUCAUAAACUUCAGAAAUUAAUCAAUAAUUUGGCGAAUAUCGUUCCUGAUGAUAAUCCUUCGCAAAAUACUCAGUGUGCUGUUCUGAGAAAAUCUUUGGAAUAUAUUGAAUUUCUCGCAGCAGAAUAUGAAAGAAUCGCGGAGAAUAUUGAAGUUGAAUCAUAUUCUAGCUCUCAAGGAACUGUUUCAUCUUCUCAGGGACCUUUGGUUAUCGAUGAAAGUUACCAACAAGCUUCAGGUGAUUCCGAAUGUGGAGAUUCGGAGAAAUUUCCUCCUCUUCCAUCAUCUUUACUCUCCUCGGAUCAAGAGUAUUUCGAAUAUACUCCACCUUUUCCAAUACCAUAUAAAAAUCAUUCACCAUUACCUUCACCACCACAUCUCUUUUCGUAUCAAACACCAAGCUUUCAAUUUAUGGAGCCACAACCACCACCACCACUACCACAACUAUCACAACUAUCACAACAAUUACCACCACAAACAGAUCAAAAAAUCUUUGGACAUCAACCUCAUUGCCCGUCUUGCAAUUGUUUCAGUCGACAAAACUUUACUCGUGAUCAUCUUCUCACCGAAACUCUUCAAGAUCCAUAUUCAAUCAACAACGAGCCCAUCAUGUCACUUUGGUCUUACUGAUUUUCUUAUAUUCUUUUCUAUUCAACUUUUACUUAAUUCUUAAUUUUCAACUCUUAUUUUUGUAUUUUUCACUUAAUUUACGUUUUUCUCUCUACAUUUAACAGGUGGAGCCUCCAAAGCUUCACUAACAGAACGUGUCUAAAUAAUAACAUUACUGUUAUAAGAUUUGUUUUUUUGAUGUUUUUGUUUUCAAAUUUAACAUUUAAUUCCUCUUCAUGAUUUUACCUGUAUUAUUAUUCAUUUUUGUUCAUUAAUUAACAAUAUUAUUCAAAUUGA